AUGGCCACUCAGUACGAACUCGAACACAAUGUAAAACUCGCCGAGCCCCGUCGCCAAGGCCGCCGCGUCGACAUGGCCUCCUUCUUCUCUCUCCUCAACCAGCUCGACGAGCCAAGCAGCACCGAAAACCCGCAUCACAACCCGCACGCCACGCCCACGCCCGUCGACACAGCCGCGCUCUUCCGCCUCCUGCAGAGCCAGCUCCAGACGCUGCAGACGACCGCGCCGACAGAAGGCAAUCGCGAUUUCCUAGAGCAGCUGAUAGCCUCCCUGGAGGACGACAUUCACGACCCGCCGACGAGGCUACAGGGCGCGAGUCAGGAGUUUGUCGAUUCGCUGGAUCGAGUGAACCGGAAGAAGCUCGACAAGGAGGAUGACUGCGCUAUCUGCAAGAUCCCGUACUUGGAGGACGAGUACUGCCUCGUCGUGGAGCUGCCGUGUCAGGGAAAGCACCGUUUCGAUCUGGAGUGCGUCGGUCCGUGGUUGAGGAGCAAGGGGACGUGUCCCAUGUGUCGUGAUGAGAUGGGCAAGAGGAAGGAGAUUCCAAUUGUGGAAGACGACGAAGAGGAGGAUGGCGAUAUGAUGUAUGCGUGA